AUGUCUCAAAACAAAAAAUUUGCUGUCGUUGUUUCACUGAUGAUCAUAGGAUGCUGGAACAGCCUUCGAAAAGCAUCGAGGGUCCUUUUGACAGAUGAUGGAAACAACCAAGAAUUUGUUCUCCCUCGGUUGGCGGAAACCAAGAACCAUGAAUCACGCACAUUAUUACUAGAGAACCAGGACCGGGAGAUAACGCCCACUUUUGAAAACCCCCUAGUGUCUAGAGUACAGAAUGCAUCCGACAUCCCCACCAACCAACAACAGCAAAAACAAGCUGAACCAUCGUGGACCUCAUACGACGCUUCACAAGAGCCAUUUGGUGAUUCCUUCUCCUCUUGCCUAAUUUGGAUGGAUGAUUAUCAACAGCUCGGUGAAUGGAUUGCAUAUCAUUAUCACGUUUUGCCACUGCGCUAUCUGGUAUUCUUCCGAGAUCCCAAGAGUCAACUGGACCCGAAACCUAUUUUCGAUAAGUGGAAAGAUCGGAUCCAUGUGGAAUACUGGGCUAACGAAACAGACUUUAUGACAAAAGAUAUCCACCGAGAAUACAUGAGAAUAUCGGAUGCAGGCAAGAGAUUUCACUCUGGGCAGAACAUGUUUUACCACGCCUGUUUGGGUCAUUUGCAACAACAUAACCGCACAUGGACGGUUGUCAUUGAUACGGACGAAUAUUUGUCUUUGGACUCGGCUAAUGUGCCCAAUGUUACGGACAGGCUUCUAGAACCUGGUGCUGCGUUGAACUUGAUCAAGCGUGUCCAUGCCCGAGACCCAUCCACCGGAAUCACGGACAAGACUCCCGAAAAGUGGUUUCAUAAUUGCACUUCAAUGGGUCGAAUAGAAUACACUUCCUAUGAAAGCCCUACGAGGGCAGUGCUUAAGGACGUCCCCUCUGGUAUUGAUCCCUAUCGCCUGGUCACUCUUCGAUUCCGACAUGCCGGGCGUGGAUUGAUUGGAAAGUCCAUAGUCGACGUUUCCCACUUGAACAUGACCCAACUGAAAUGGAAAACCAUUUCCACGCACAAGAUGUUUCGCGGCUGUUUGGGUGUUUGGGGCAAUCGGCGGGACCUCAUGUAUGUGGGACACUAUUUAGGAUCCGUGGAGGGCUACCAACGACCUUCGGAUUAUCGCGUUUGGAUCAACCGAACGCAAAAAUUGAUCAGACUGAAUGGAAAGAGCGGCCGCAAAAUCAAGGAAGGUAAGGGCGACGACAUUCGACCUUGGAUUCAAGGAUUCGCAAAGGAUGUAGGUGUGGAGAAGUUGCGCUAUUUUCUGGGCGAUGUUGGGUUCCCUUUGAAUCCUACUACCGCAAUGGGGCAGUUACAAUAG